UCGUGUCACAGGCAAGCUAGGGUGAAGUCCACGUUUUUCGCAGUCGGAUACAUUUUCUCCCUACCCCUUGAUGAACAAAAAAUUUUCAUCAUCCGUUUUGUGGGUGGAGUGUUGCGAGGUGAAGAUUAUUUUCCUGGUCUAAAGUGGACUCUUUGUUCUCGUGUACAUUCAAAAUAAUUACAAAAGUGUUUUUUAUUCGCUUAUGACGCACUAUUCGACGGGUAUGGCUUUAGAUACGUUGCCAUUAUGUUGCUGUAAAGUGUACAAGAUCUGAAUUACAUAGUGCUGUGGAAAGUGUGUCGUAAUCGAUCGAAGAAGUAAAUUACGGCGCAAUCGAUUAUAGCGAUUGUUAAGAAGAAGUUUUACACUGCUGGAACGGCUAAAGGAUGUAAUGUUUUCUAUUUCCACCCACCAGAUCUCCAAGGGUGUAUAGAGGGCCUUUGCGUGCAAAGUGGUUCCGUUUGGUAUCGUGUCAAAAGUGGCUGAAAAAUCAACACAUCCAGUGCCACGAAGCACUGGGGAAGUUUGAAAAUUUCUUAAAACCUGAGGUGGCAGUCUGACGUAAGGACCAUGUGAACACCGUAUAGCAGAAGAAGAUAAUCGUUUUCUGUGUGUUUUGGUAGUUACCAUUUCGAAAUUGGUGUUGCGUGGGUGGAAGGCAUUUUUGCCUAAAUAUAGGCAUCCCUUUUUCCUGUAAAAUAGGUGAAGAUAAAUCCUAAAGAUUAACCAAGAAUCGCAAUUGAAGAGUGACAAAUUUUGUGUAAGAAAAAUUGUUAACGAAAAAAAUAGUAAGAAAUUACUUAAAUAAAAUAGUGGCGAACUCGCCAAGGGAAGGGAAAUCUCGUAUUAUAAGUUCUAUCUACUCUAACAAUUUAAGUAUGCUAGAUGAUUGAAGAAAAGAUGAAAAGUGUUUAAAUAAAUAUGCACUCGAAUUAGGUGUUGCGUUUUGAGCUUCCAAUCCAAUUACCUAUCUUGUCGUGAAACCGGAAAGCUCUCGUGCGGGUCGAGUGUGAAGAAAAGAGUACCGUGCUGAGUUGUUUGUGGGUGUCCCUUUUUCAAGGAGCGUGAGUGUGUGUCGUCACGCCGCUGUUGCCCCAACAUCAUGGAUCAGCAUCCACUUUUGGUUGCAAGUGAAAACAUCCAUGACAGUGGGAUCAUCGAGGAUGCCCAUCAGGAGUCGGAGGACACCGGUAACGAGGAGUACGGAGACGAGAGCAAUUUAGAGUCCAAUUUGCGUCGUCGAAAAGGAAAAAUCAUCUCGUGUGUCGAAAAUGCAUCCAGACUGAUACGACGUCGAGUGCCUUGUGCAGGACACCUGAUGACGCCACGAAGGCUAUGGUUGAACAAAAUUCCCACUCAGUGCGACGUGGUGAUCGAAUUCCCAGAGGAUGCACCAGACGACGCACUGCGAUGGCUGUUAAGUAAGAUUAAGGCAACCCCACCAGAAGGCUUAGGUCUAUCGGUACUGGUGAGAGCACAUGACAGUACAAAACGAACCGCUUUCUAUGUUACAGCUCCGAUGAAUGUGUUGUUCAAAGCAGCAGAGGAGGCUCGUCUACCGAAAAGACUGCGAACGGACCUUGGUGGGGCGCUGAAGGAGUUUACGAAACGGGAAAGCCACUGUUUCGCCCAAGCAAAGGAUAGUGAUGGCGCAAACACGCUAUUCACCUCCCAGGAGCGACAAUGGCUUGUACUACAGGUACUACAAGGAUUGAGAGCCGGAGCUUCAGAUUUGAAAGCUCUACAAGGAAGGGCACAGGUCGAGGAGGGUCAGAGCAUAGUUGCCGCCUGGCAGGAGCUGGGCCUGAUAACACAAGUGUUUCCUCUACACGAAACAAGCGCCUUACAACAGUUGCAGUCCAGUUGGGUCCGGAAGUUUUUUGCACCCCAGCCGUUAGAUGAUAUUGCGGCGUACUUUGGAGUGAAAGUUGCUUUAUAUUUUGCCUGGUUGGGCCAUUAUACGUGUGCCCUAUGCGUUCCUGCCGUGCUAGGGACGAUUCUGUACGUGGGCAUGUGGGGUCGCGGACAGACCGCUCAGGAUAUUGGACAUGUAAUCUUCUCCCUGUUCAACGUUGCGUGGGCGUCUUUGUAUCUGGAGGCCUGGAGGCGAUAUUCCGUCGAGCUGGCUUUUCGGUGGGGUACACUUUCGACGCCACCAGAGCUAUUAGAACCUCCAAGACCGCUGUAUAAAGGUCCACUGGAGGAAAGCCCCGUUACGGGGAGACUGGAGCCUCGGGAAGCUCCCGCCUGGCAGCGACGUGCGUUUCGGUACCUAGUUAGUUUUCCAAUUAUUGGACUCUGUUUAGUGCUAGUGUUUGUAGUGAUGUUCCUAAUGUUGCGACUUCAGGAUUGGCUCGAUCAGCACCUACCAAAUUCCAACGAUGGCCUCUGGGAUUGCAUGUGCAUGGCGUCGAAGGACUGGUGGGACGAGAAACUACCAGAGCAAGGUAUUUUCAGUUGUUUGAGUGUAAUACCAAAGGUCCUCCUAGCCGGCGCCAUUACGCUGAUGGACGAAGCGUAUUACAAGCUAGCGGUCUGGCUGAACGACAGAGAGAGCUAUCGACUGCAGUCCAAGUACGAAAAUCAUCUAAUCGCCAAAGUGGCUCUGUUCCAGUUUGUGAACAGCUUCUUGUCGCUGUUCUAUAUUGCAUUCUAUCUUCGCGAUCAAGAUAAGCUGAAAGAGCAACUGGCUGGCUUGCUCAUAUCGCGACAAAUUAUCGGUAAUCUCCGUGAGUCAGCGUGGCCAUACUUGGUCGAACAGUGGAAGCUGGCGAAACUAAGUUUUAAAAUGUGGGGGGCGUUGAGUCCUACGCAAGAAGCUCCUCCACCCCCAAGUGAAAAUAAGCAAUUGGGUGACAGCAAGAGCUCAUCGGAUUGCACUUCGUCGACUCCAAAGCGGUCCAUAAAUCAGGCCGAAAUCGAGAGCUCUUUGUACAAAUAUGACGGGACAUUCUCCGACCACCUAGAAAUGUUAGUUCAAAUGGGAUAUGUGGUAUUAUUCUCAUCAGCAUUUCCUCUGGCUGGAUUGUGUGCUCUGGCGAAUAAUUUGUUGGAAAUACGAUCCGAUGCCUUCAAGCUGGCUCAUGUGCAUCAACGGCCCUUCGGGCAACGAGUUGCCAACAUCGGCACCUGGCAGAAUGCCCUGGGGAUGCUGGGGCUGGCAGCUGUGAUAGUGAAUUGUGCUCUUAUCGGCUUGUCCGGGCAAGUAUCAAGGCUUUGGCCUGGAUUAACAUCAACGCAAACUGUAAUACUGAUAGUUGCCCUGGAGCAUGUAAUGCUGGGAUUGCGUUCAGCACUGACAUGGCUGUUGCCAGAGCUUCCAUCGUGGCUUGCUGCCGAGAUCGCCCGAGCAGAACACUGUCGCCGGGAAAUGCAAUGUAAGGGACCUUCGCCGCGACAGACCCCACCGUCACCACCAUCGUCAACGUCGCUUUCGCACCACGAUCAGGACUUCAACAGCAGCCAGGACAUAUUCGACCGGAAUGAACAAUCCGUUGGCAGUCACGAUAAUCAGGAAAACGAUUUAGAGCGAGUCACUCUGACGAACGUGGCGGCAAAACUCGAUAACUUGUCCAGCCAACAGUUACAGCAACAGCAGCAGCAACAGCAACAACACGCACAGCAACAUCACCACCAUCAUCAUCAAUCAACACCUUAUAUCGAUACUUUCAGUGAAAGCAUGAGCCCACGGGUGGCGUCACAACCUAUUCAAAUCCCAGAGAUUCCACCUUUCCGCAAGCAGGCACAUUCCACCAUGCACUCGCCAGUCAAUCAAAGCCCCCAAAACGUUUCCUCGGCGAACGCUUCGCCACCCAGAAUACCGGAAAUACCUCCCUUCCGGCCACGCAUCAAGUCCAAAGAAUGGAUGCCCAACAUCGAGCAACAAGAGUUGGCAAUUGGACCAGAUUCGGAGUUGUUGAAAGGCGCGCCCUCGUGGAGCAACGUGGCACCAAAACCUGCUGUGGAGCAACCCGGAACCAGCACAAGUACACCCACCGUUAAACCGCAAACCGAAGAGGAAGCCAAAGCUGCGGCGGAACUGGCCGCUAAGAAAUCACGACUGAAGCAAAGUCUGGUGAAGCGGGCCCGUUCGGUGGCAAUUUUCUCCUUGAAGCUGAAGGAACAACGCGCCAAGCGCGCCGAAAAGGCAGCACAAGAAGCCAGAGAAGCUCUUCCAGCGCCGCCCCCUGGUGGUGAACUGUCGCUAAUUCCCAUCGAGCAACUGAUUCAAGUGGACGACGUUCUGAACCAGCGCAAUCAAACGCAUCCAGCUCACAACGCUAGCACCAAUAUCAGUAGCAGCAACAACGGCUCAGGAAGUACGUAA